AUGGCAGCUACAUCUGAGAAUGGUAGUGAGGUGAAGCCCGACAUCAUCGCGUUGGAGAAUGUAGACCCGGAAAAGGACGAGGCUCCUCCCGCAGUCGAUUAUACACCCGAGGAGCUGAAAAAGGUGAUUCGGAAGCUGGAUUUGCAUCUUCAACCACUAUGUUUCGUACUUUACACAUUUUCCGUUCUGGAUCGAUCCAACAUAGGCAACGCUAAGCUGGUUGGCAUGGAAGAUGAUAUCGAUCUUGGGGGCAACAAUUAUGCGUGGUUAGGUAACGUCUUCUACAUUGCAUACAUUAUCUUCCAGUUCAACACAUUGGGAUGGAAGAUUUUCAAGCCGCACAGGUGGGUGACCUGUGUCGUGCUGUUCUGGGGCGUUGUCAGCACAUUACAAGCAACUGCAUUCAACUGGAAAGGUCUUAUGGCCUGUCGUUUCUUCCUCGGAUGGGCAGAGACCAUGUUCGGACCCGGAAUCCCACUCUAUUACUCUUUCUUCUACCCGCGCGAAGCGAUCGGCUUACGCUUUGGAAUUUUCCUCGCUGGAGCGGCUCUCGCCAAUGCCUAUGGUGGUGCUCUUGCAUAUGGCCUAGGGCAUGUUCAUUCAAGCAUCAGCAACUGGCGAUUCCUAUUCAUCAUAGAGGGUGUUCCCACGGCCCUACUCGCCGUGGCGACUUGGUUCUUUCUUCCAGAUUCUCCAUCGCAAGCUCGAUUCUUGACUCCUAGAGAACGUGAGGUUGCGCAGGCGUAUGCGAAUAACCAACCUGGCGAUUUUAAGAAUGAGGGACUCCAACUGUCUCAACUUGGGGAAGCCUUCACGGACUACAGGAAUUAUCUUUUUGCGAUCAUUAACUUUUCCAACAACGUCAGUUUUGCCUCGCUUCCUCUCUUCCUGCCGACCAUAGUAUCGGAGAUUGGGUCUUUCUCGGAGGUGCAAUCAAACGGCGUGACCGCCCAGCCCUAUUUGGUUUGCUUUGUAUCUAUCAUUGUUGUCUCGAUUGUAUCAGACCGACUUCAACUGCGUGGACCAUUCUGCGCUUUGGGGGGAUUACUUUCCGCCAUUGGCUUCAUCCUGCUGGCAACGACCACCACUGUUGGCCCACGCUACUUUGGUACAUUUCUGGCUGUGCAGAUUUUUGUAACUACAUCGAUCGUGCUUGUCUGGAACUCCAACACGAACUCAACAGGCUCGAAGAAAGCAGGCGGUUUGUGGAUUAUUUUUACUAUUGGUCAGUGUGGACCGCUGCUGGGAACCAAUGUGUUUCCUGACAAGGACGCUCCAUAUUAUGUCAGGGGAUCUUGGAUCUGCUGCUCCUUUGCGUUGCUGGCAGCCGUCACAUCGGGCUUGUUGAGCUAUCUUCUUUGGCGCGAGAAUAAACGCCGCGAUCGUAUCUAUGGACCUGUUCAACCUGGACGGCAGGUCGAUAUGACCUCUCGUGAAGACCAGGAGGCCAACAUGAGGUUUAUUAUCUAA